UGGGACUAGGGACCGCAAAGUUCUUAAAUUACAAUUGGGCGAAGUGGGAUAAUAUAUUUUCAGAGCUUUGGCAAAGAAGACGAAUCAAUGGCUGGGCUUGCGAAGCUGGAGCUUGAAGUGAAGGACAGUCUACAUAAGCUUGCUUAUCCUGCAAAGCCUUGGGUGAAGAGUGUGGACGCACCUGACGGCAGCAAGUGUUAUGAUGUCGUGAUCGUUGGUGGUGGUCAGUGCGGUCUUACAGCGGCAUUUGGGCUAAUGCGAGACCAGGUUACGAACAUAUUGGUCCUCGACGAAAAUGAGCCCGGGAAAGAGGGACCCUGGAUCACGUACGCGCGAAUGGUAACACUGCGCACAAACAAGGCGCUUACAGGCCCUGACUUGGGAAUCCCGGCCCUGACCUUCCAGUCGUACUACGAGGCCAAGUAUGGAGCGGAGGCCUGGGAGCGGUUGGAGAAGAUUCCACGCGGAGAAUGGAUGGACUAUCUUGUGUGGUACCGCCGCGUGCUGGUGCUGCCGGUGCGCAACUCCGCCAAGGUGGACCUCAUCCGCCCGCUGCCGGUGGAGCGAGGCACCAUGUUCGAACUGCGCCUCAAGAGUCCCCCCGGGGAAGCAGAGGGGGCUGCGGAGGGAACAGACACGGUGUAUGCGCGCAAGGUGGUGCUGGCCACGGGCAUCCAGGGCGGCGGCGAGUGGCACGUACCCGCCUUCAUCCGCCAGGCGCUCCCCCGAUCCGCCUUCGCACACACGGCGGAGGCCAUCGACUGGGGUGCGCUGCGGGGCAAGCGGGUGGCGGUGCUGGGGGGCGGGGCGUCGGCGUUCGAUAACGCGCAGUACGGGCUGGAGCAGGGCGUGGGAGAGGUUCACGUGUUCGUGCGGCGGCCCGAGCUGCCUCGCAUCAACCCCAUCCGCCACAUGGAGUUUGCGGGCUUCCUGCGCCACUUCUCCGACCUGGACGACGCCACCAAGUACAGCGCCAUCAACUUCUUCCUGCAGUACAACCAGCCGCCCACCAACGACACCUUCACCCGCGCCGCGCGCUUCCCCAACUUCCACCUCCACACGGGGGCGCCCUGGCAGAGCCUGGCCAUGGAGGGAGACCAGGUCCGCGUUGUCACCCCCCGCGGCUCCCACCUCUUCGACUUCCUCAUCAUCUCCACCGGCUUCCUCACCGACACCCGCCUGCGCCCCGAGCUGCGGGAGGUGGCGGAGCACAUCGCCACGUGGGCCGACCGCUACACGCCCGCCGACCCCGCGGCCCGCAACCCGCUCAUUGACGUGCACCCCUACCUGGGGCCCAGCUUCGAGUACCAGCCCAAGGUUCCCGGCACCGCCGCCUACCUGUCAGGAAUCUUCGCGUACAACUACUCGGCCCUGGUCAGCCUGGGGCUCAGCGCGUCAGCUCUGUCGGGCUUAAAGUUCGCCAUCCACAAGCUGGUCACGGGCAUCACCCGGCAGCUCUUCCUGGACGACCAGGAUCUGUUCGUACGGGAGUUCCUGUCGUACCGGGUGGAGGAGUUCCUAUCCGCCUGGCCGCUACCGGAGAGCAGCAGCGGCAGCGGCACCACCGCCGCCACCCCGGCAGCAGCAGCGGCAGCAGCAGCAGCAGCAGCUGCGGCAGCAGCAGCAGGAGCCGAGGCGGGGGUUGCUACAGCUGAGGCUGCUGCUGCAUGUGCCGCUGUGGAGGAUGGGGAGAAGGAGGUGGAGGCGGCGGAGGUGGCCCCGGCUGCUGCUGGUUCUGGUGCUGCAGCAGCAGCGGAGGUGGAGGUGGUGGCGUAGGCGGCGGCAUGGAUGCUUUCCCCCUGCUGUUGCCUUCGGUUCCGGUAUUCUGGUAUAAUGGAAGGUGCCCUGGCUGGUGCUGCCGCAUUCGGCUCGUUUACCUCUUUACUGCCUGCGAUUUGCAGCACGAGAUCUGCCGGGGGGGAGGGGCAUAAAGGCCGGGAGGCGCGGCCUGGGGUGCCGGUAGCUAGGGUGCGGUGACUUAACAGGAGUGCUGAGGGCCCGGUGCGGCUUUUCACGGCCUCCGUGUAUUUGUAUGUGCACUGCGGUGCGGCUUUUCACGGCCUCCGUGUAUUUGUAUGUGCACUGCUGUAGCAGAGGAGCUGUACGACGUACGCCUGGGUGGAAGAAUAUGCGAAUUUAUGCUGCAUGUACUGCCCCGGGCUGUACCGUAUUUGCGGCUUCGAGUGUACCGUUUGACUAAUGUGUAUAUCUAAGCGCACGACAUAAGGAGGGUCCUUUAAUAAGGGGUCUCUUGGAAUCUGAGGUAGGAAUCUGAGGUAGGAACCAGGAGAGGUUAGGGGCCGUAGGAGCCACAGUGAAUAGCUGCGAGCUGGUUGUACGAUAUACGCGAUUGUUGCAGGCUGCAGGCUAGUGGAUAUGUCUUUGUGGCGUUUGGGCCUCACGUUGAGGAUCGGGGUUGUGUGCAUUCGGGUGAUGAUAAGACUUCGAAGUUCACGGUAGCUGACGCCUUAUGUACUAUGCGCUAGGUUUCUGUCUCUGUACCUUCACCUGAAUGAAGAAAGCGGUUUUACCAGGAAUUUCUCAUUUGAUGAAUAUGUCGGCUUAUCGCUGUGUACGGUGUUGCUGGAUAAGGUACCUAUCCUGAGCGACCCGUGGGUCGGUAUGCAUGCAACUCACUACUGUAUAGUAUGUUCGGAUGGUCAUUGUUGGGACACCUAUGUCAAGGCUGUCAACGUGUCAAGGCUGGAAAGGCUGCCCAUGAUGUU